GGCCAUUAGUGAAAUAUUUGAACCUAGAGGACUUUACCAUUGAGGAAAGGUUGGAGAUGGAAACUGGUUUCACACCCUCAGUCUUUACAGUGAUGUGACCAUGGAAAGUGAUGUCUGCAGGACCCUGUCUCUCCUGUAUCCCAGAGUGCGUGCAAUACAACCGCCUCCAGGAGUGGUCGCCUACCCUGGUAACUAUACUUGCAUCACACAACCCAACAGCUCUACCAUGAAUGUGGGACACCUACCUAAGAAGUUUUACACCUACAACACAUCUUCGUUCGUUCCCAAUGUCCCACACACAAUGUCAGUCGAUGUUUAACAAUCAGAGUAAGGGACUCGCUGAUGUCUGGUGGAUGUGUGGGACACAGCCCCGCCUUAGACCAUCCUUACCUGCUAAAUGGGGGGGAACCUGCGCCUUAGUGUCCCUAUUACUGCCGAUUACCAUGCUUCCUAUUAGCGCAGGGAAGCUAGAGGAGACAGUACAGUCUACCUACCACAAACAUUCCUUGAAGAGGGCUAAAAGAGACACUGACUUGGGUUUUGGUACAUGGGGAGAUACAAGCACCCCGUUCGGGUCUAUAGAUAGUAGGGUGUAUAUAGAUGCAAUUGGAAUACCAAGGGGUGUACCAGAGGAGUUCAAAGCUCAGAAUCAGAUAGCAAAGGGUUUUGAGUCUAUACUGCCCUGGAUAACUACAAACAAGAAUGUGGACUGGAUAAAUUAUAUAUACUACAACCAGCAGAGGUUUUUAAACCAGACUAGGGAUGGCCUGAGGGGUGUGUCCGAACAAUUAGCCGCCUCCUCACUCAUGGCAUUUCAGAACCGUAUGGCACUGGACAUGUUGUUUCCAGAAAAAGGGGGUGUGUGCCACAUGUUUGGAGAUGCUUGUUGUACAUUUAUUCCCAAUAAUACUGCCCCGGAUGGUAGCAUCACUAGAGCCUUGGAGGGGUUGACCUCUCUAACCAAUGAAUUAGCAGAGAACUCGGGUGUGGCUGAAAACCUCAUCACCAGCUGGAGGACGUUUUUGGCAAAUACAAAGCAAUUGUGCUCUCCAUGCUUAUGUCCGUGGCAGUGUUUGUGGGCAUAUUGGUGUGUUGUGGAUGCUGUUGCAUCCCUUGUUGUCGCACUCUGGUGAACAGAUGGAUUGAUGUGGCUCUGACCAAAAAAGAUCCCCAGAAAGAUGCUCCUCCAGCCUACUCCAUGCCCCUGUUGGGGAUGGAGGAUGGUGAUGAGACUGAUUCGGACAAUGAAGGAAGUGAAUCACCAAUGUAAUGCUAUGCUAUAUUAAUCUUGCUUCUUCUUCCCCUAGUGCGGCCAAUUAUUUACCAGUUUGAGGGCCAUAUAAUCCUAAGGUUUGUAGUAUUCACACUUGAGGUGUGAAAAGGGGGAUCUGUAAGAAAUAAAAA